AUGGAGGAAGCUGGAGGGAAGACCGACCCUCCUCCUUCUCCCGUGGAGGCCGCACGCCGAUCUAGGUUCGUGCCCGAGUACCACCGACCCAAGUCAUCCAGACCAAGGCCGCGGAGUGCGCUAGAAAAAGAACCUCCAGGAUCGGGAGAUCCCGCGUCUUUGCUCCUGGGAAGCGACCAUGGGUCGGCUUGGGAUAUUCUGCAGUGGGUGAACACCGUCUUCGGACGUAGCCCUGCCCCCACGGCUACUCCUGCGCCUGCUACUCCUGCCGCUCCUAUUGGUGCAAACGUCAGCCGUGCCGCCGGUGCCACGAGGGAUGAUACCGGUGGGGCUGGCAGCAGUUCCCCGUGGUCUUCGCGUUCUCCUGGCGGCAGCCACCCUUCGGGAGAGUUUUCCAGCUUGGAUUCUUUGGAUGUGGGCCACCUUGGGCGCCUGGCGGGGUACGUCCUUGAGAGACUUAAGUCCUCCGAGCGCUGGAUCUGCGGCUGCAACCAGAGCAAUCGACCCCAAGCGCAGUUUUGCGAGCUCUGCUUCGUACCCCGCCCGAAGGGCAAUCUAGUCGGCGGCGGCGGCGGCGGCUUCGGCAGACCCCGCAGCGAUCAACCGGCUGGAGAGAGGGCAGUGAAAGGGUGGCCCCUUAAAGGCGGGGGCAGCAGUGAGAAGCUCGUCGGUGGCGAUGAGCGUGGGUCUGACCAAAGCAAGGUGGUCGGAAGCAGGGAGGCCGAGGAGCCGAAGUUUAGCCUGCGCGAGGCGAACCUGUGGAGAAAGUUGCUGCAGCUUAGAGAGCUCCCGACGCAGGACUCCUUGGCGGUCUUUCCUGCGGGACUGGACGCGACAGCAAUGAAGGCGAUGCUUUGCGGCACGGAGCCGCGUCUGCUUUCGGGCCUUGUGCGGUUCCUCAUGGAGUGCGACGAAGCUUUGGUGAUGCGCCAGGAUGACCACCUGAACCCGCUCUACUCCCACUCGCCGCCGGUCGGGAUGCCGCCGCGAGUCGCCGGAGCCAAGCGGCCGUCGGACGGGGGUAACCAAGCGGACUCCGCCCAAGCGGGCGUCGUCGAGGGCGUCAGGCUCGCCCGGCAGAUGUGGGAGCGGCGAUCGAACAGUUCGAGGGAGCUGCAGCAGGAGGGCCGCAGGCGACUUGGCAGCAGGAGCAGAGACUCCCGGGAGAGGGCUCGCGUCCACCUGGGACACCCUUCGGCGGAGACGAGGCCCGGGUCGGGAGUGGAACACAUGAAGGCCAUGUUUGAGAAGAAGAUUGUAGCCCCCUCGACGGAACGCAAAGACCCCGGCGUAGGGACACCCGGAAACGGCGAGGCUGGAGGAGAGAGAGGGGACACGCUGUUUGCUUCCUCGAGAAUACCGUUGUUGGGUCGAGGCGCGAUCCAACGGUCCGUCUCCUUGCUGGCCGGUAUCUACACGCCGGCGGAGGCUUCUACCUCCGCUGCCGUUACGCCAUCGCCAGCGGGGUCGGCAAAGCCGUUGGAGGGGCGAUGGGCCCCGGCGCCCGUUGCCACUGCCGCUGCGGUAACCACCGCCACGAGUGGAGAAAAAACGUCCACGGAUCAUGAGCGGCGGGUUGCUCCGGCUGCCAUCAGCUGCGGCAGCGGCGGCGGCGACAGCAAUGGGGUACCUCCGCUGCCGGUAGAAGCGGCAACAGCGGUUGACGCGAGCGGCGGGGCAGCUCCUGGGGAGGGCGGUGCUGGCGUGAAGAGUCGGGCCCUUCCGCCGUCGGCGAAGGCCUUGGACACUAAGGAGAUACCAGGAGGGAAGCGUACAAUCGGAAGAGAGAGGUUGGCCGUGGGAAUGGGAGGGGUGGUGAAAGACACAGACGACCUGGGGGGGCACGAGCCGGUGCACGGGGAGAAGGGUAGAGCAAAGGAAGGGGCGUUGGCGGAAGAAUCCAAGGGGUUAGACCGCGGGGCAGAAGCAACACGUUCAACAGCCGACCAAGUUCUUGGACCGCCGCCGCAACAGCAGUCGGGCGGGGAUGGCGGGACGGCGGGGCAAGGCGACCAACUGACCUUCGCCCCACCGGUCCACCCCAUCGCCGGCGUUGACCUCGCCAUGAGUAGCGAUGGUGGUGGCGAGGUGGUCCUUGGUUCGGUGGCCGCCGAGGGCCAGGCUCCGAGAGAUAGCAGGAAGCCGCCCGCCGCCAAGAAGAGCAGGACGUUGACCCAAGACGAGAUCUUCAAGUUCGGCGUCCUCGGCCCGGUGAGCUUGGAGAGCGAGAGCGUGGGGAGCGGGGACGGAGGCGAGGAUGCCGCUGACUCCUGCGUCGGCGUGGGUGACGACAUGCUCGGACGUGGGGGAGAGGGCGCGUCUCAUCUCCAGCCUCGUAGUUGCGCGGAGGGCGAGAGUGAGGACUAUCCAUGUGGGAAGGUGGGUCUUUUUUCCGUGGUUAAGGAGGCUGUGGACGACGGGGGUGAGGCAGCUGUUUGUGGCGGCGCGGACGAGCUCGACCGUGCCCGCGGCGAAGACGCCGCUGAUUCCGGUGCUGCGGACGUCGCCGCUGCCGGUGCUGCUGAGUCGUGCGAAGAAGUGGCACCUUUUCCGGCGGCGGUGGCGGUUGCGUGCGAGCCUUCGCCGCAGCCGAUCGAAGGAGGGAACACGGAGAAUGCGGUUGCGGAGGACGGCAGUGCUUCGGCGGCGGGGGCGGCCGUCGCGGCGGUGGCGGCGGUAGCAGCGACCUUCGCGGUAGCGGAAAGGUUUACGCCCGCGGGUAGCAGCAGUUCCUCCAUCUGCUUGUCCGCGAGUGCGGUGGACUACUCCGACGACGGGGAGAUGUACAUGACCCCCAAGACCAGGAGCUCCCCCGUGCUCUGGCCGGGGGUGAGCAGUGAUGGCGGGGACGUCGACAAAGCGGUCGUUGUUGUGGGCGCGGCGGCGGGAGGUGCUGGGGUCGUUCACGACGACGGCUCAUCAAAAGACGUGGCUUCUGCUCCUACGAAUGCGGAAUUAGAAGGGACGAAGGCAGCACUGGUACCGCGCCGAAGCUUCUUCGACGGCCCCCCACCGCCGGCUAUGGCGACCGCUGCUUCUACCACUACCACCGGCUCCGCCGCUGCUGCUUCUUCUGCAGGUGGGGCUUCUUCUGCUAGCAGCGCCACAAGUGGCGGAGAAGUGCAGGACAGAGGGCACGGGGCCAGGGACCGGGACGGAGCUAGGCUGCUGUCGAUAACGUCUUUCCGAGAGCUCGGCAGCGACAGCGUCGGGGCCGCCUCGUCGUCUUCGCCGGGAUCGCCCGCAAGCGCUUCGAGAUUAACCCAAGCGGCGGUCCAGGAGGUCCAGGAGGACGCGGCGGCCGAAGACGCGCCCCAAAAAUCCUUGCCGCCGCCGCCGCCGCCGCCGGGGGAGGCGGGAGCAGCUCCCAAGCCAGCGGCGGCCGCCGUCAAGGGGAUCGCGUCGAGGGACCGCACGACGAGAUCGCCGUCUCGUCGCCUUGGCCCGGAGGCGGAGGGGCCGGUUUCGAGGUCUCCGCCACGCCACCAGCCGCGCUCCGGGUCCCCUCCCAAGCCCGGCGCGGCACCACCACCACCCCGCGCGCGCGGCCGGGCGCCUGCCCCCCCCGGGUCACCGGCAGUGACGCCUGGGUCACCGGCAGCAGAAAAGACCGCAGCUCACCACUCCCCAACGGAACGACAGCAGCAUAGCAUGACAUCUUCCCUGCGCGUGACUGGGUCCUCGUGGUCGACGCCGGCUUCCGCCCGGUCCCGGCGGAGGCGGGCGUCGCUGUCGCCGGGGCCCACCAGGGUGCAGGCGGGGGGUGCGUCCCCAAGGGACCCACUGUCGAGCUGCUCGCCGGGCCCGCACCGAAACGAGCACGUACCAAGAGCGCCUUCUCCGGCCGGGAGCGCCAGCGGUAGCGGUGGUGGCGGUUUCGGCGCUCGCGGGAGAGGGUUCGCCGCUCUGCAGGCCGCCUCAAGCGACAGCACCCGCCAUGGCCUCCCGGUGUCACCUCUCAUGCCUCAGCAGCGGGAGGGGGGGGCGGGAGCGGGGGCGGGAAGGUUUGCGCCAGCCGUCAGGUCACCCCUCUCGAAGACGGCGUACGGCGGCGGUGACCCAAUCGUGAACGUCGGCGGUGCAAGCCGCAGUAGCGGUAGCAAGCCAGCGUGGGACGGCGGCAGGGUCUGCGACCUGGAGCCUCUCGCUCGCGAGCUGCCGGCGUUCUUGGCCCGAGCGGUGGGGCUCUCGGGAAGCUUACGGGCUCUCGCGGCGUGCCAGGCGGUGAGCCGGGCAUGGCGAGAUGCCCUCGGCUUCGGUGAUGAAAGCGGCAAGGAGUUGUUCGGGGGCAUCGUGCGCUCGUCGGGGGUGCCUGCGAGCCUCCGCCCCGCGGUGUGGCAGAUGCUCGUGCAACGGGCCGUCGCGGGCGGGGGCGGCGGCGGCGGCGACGGUGAUAAGGAUCGUCGGGUCAGCAAUGGCAGUAGUAUUGCUGGCGGCGGCGGCGGCGGCGGCGGUGGCGGCGGUGGCGGGAGCAUCGGUGGCAGGGAAUCGUUCUCGUCGUGCUCGUUCUCGUCGUCGCCGAGCUCUUUCGCCCAGCUGGUCGAGAUCGGCAGGGCCGGGCCCCACGCCGCCCUCAUCGCGCGCGACGUGCCCCGGGCGUUCGGCGCCGUGGCCCCCCACAAGCGCCGUGAGAGCGGCGACGGCAGCCGCAGCACGACCACUCCCGGCAACAGCAAUAGCAACCGGCGAGGCUCGGCGUCGGCGACGGCCACGCCGAGAUCGACGGCGGCGGCGACUAGCACGCCCAGGCAGGGGGGCAGAAGGCGCAUGACCAUGGGGGGUGCUGGGGGUGGAGGCGGUGGCGGCGGUGAAAACCGCGGCGGCGGUGGCGACGGGCUAGGUUUUUUCGGCGGCGCGCUGACCAACCUCCUGGUGGGCAACUGGAGACUCGACGACGAUGAGCUGGUUGGCGCCAGGGGCACGGGCACCCCGCCGAGGAGGCGGGGCUGGGGGACGACCCCGCACCGCCGACGGGCGUCGCUGCAGGGGGGGAACGGGGGCGGAGGGUUCAACGACACCGGCGGCGGCGGCGGCGGUGGCCCGUUCUCGUGGCUGAACCCGGGCGUGAGCCCGGGCACGGGGCCGGGGGCCCGGGUCGCCGCCGGUGGAGCGAGCCCGUCGCGGGAGCCGGCGGGAGGAGGCUUCACGCUUGCUUCCUUCCCGCUCUCUCCGUUCCGUAGAGACGACGACGGCGGCGGCGGCAGAGGUUCUACGCGCCGUCUCCCUCAUUCUCCCCCCCCGUCCGCCCCCGACCCGUCGUCGGAGGGGGUGGGGGGCAGGAUUAGGGCCUCGCCGCCGAGGAGCUCAAGGCGGAUGACGAUCGGCGGCGGCAGCGGUGGUGGCGGCGGCAGUAGCGGCGGUGGUUUAACACCCAGGCGGCAGACGGAAAGAACGGCUGGCAGACGGGGGUGGUCGCCGACGGUUGUCCCCGUCAUUAGCGGCAACGCGGUGGCGGCGGCCAGUGGUGGGCAGCAGACGGGCGGAGCAGCCGGGACAACAAUACCGGCGCGGCAGGAGGCAGGGGUAGAGAAAGCAGUAGUGGCAGAAGACGACGCCGCCGUGCUGGAGAGGCUCGAUGACGCCUGGGCCGCCGUGCCGGUGGAGUCCAAGAGGCGGUGCCUCGAGAACGUUUUGCGUGCCAUCGCCGCUAGAUUUCCGGCCGUGGGUUAUUGUCAGGGCAUGGACCGCUUGCUCAUCAUGUUGAUGAUGCUCUACUUCGUCUCGCCCGAAGACACCAACACCGCCGUGGGCCCCGCGGCUGUCGCACCCAAGCUCACCACGAGAACCGCAGAAGCGGCAGCAGCAGCCGCAGCACCGGCGGCACCGCUGCUAUCGUCGAGCGGCGCCCGAGCGAGAGAGAACGCCGCCGCCGCCGGCGGUAGCGGCAGCGGUGAGCUGUUGCUGGUGGUCGACAAAGACGCGGCUGGCGACGACGACGACGGAGCCCCGUCCCCGGCUUCCGUAAACCUAGAUCCCCCUCCAACCCCGACAGCCUCCGCUGGGAACGCCCCCGAUACCGUAGUAGGCGGGAAGGGUACGGACGUCGCCACCGCCGCCGACGCCGCCGGGGUCCGGGGUUCCGAGAAUGCGCCGCCGACGCCGCCGCCGCCCCCCCCAUCCCCUGCUGUCUUGGCCCCGUCUUCCGCGUCGCCGCCGACGCCCCCACGGCCGGCGGCUCGGGGGGGGGCAACGCUGCUGGGAGAACGGGUGUAUGCGGUGUUUUCGGGCCUGUUCGAAGGGUUUCGGCUGCACGACCUCUACGUGCCGGACAGGGGUGGGGUGUUCGUCUGCACGGAGGUGCUGACUCUUCUUUCGGGGAGUCGCCUACCCGCGCUGGCCGCCCACUUCGAUAGCAUCGACUUUUCCAUCGACAUGGUGGCGAUGGGUUGGUUCCAGACCCUCUUCGUGUACCUGCACGCCAUGCCGCGAGCAACGGUAUUUUUUCGUGUUUCGAUGGCGCUGCUGGAGCUGAGCGAGGAGCACCUUCUUGCUCUCGAUUUUGACGGGACCGUGGAGUACUUCAACAACUUCCCGGAGCUGAGCGUGCUGUCGCCGGACGUCCUUCUCCCCGCGGCCGCCGCCGUGGAGGUGGAGGAUGGCGAGCUCAUGUAUUUGGAGCUGCAGGUGCGGCAAAGGGAAAAGCUGGAGGUACCGUCGGUUACCCAACUCAUGCUGCGCCCGGUGCUGUGAUCCAUUGCUGCCCCGGUCCGCGGAUGCCCGCCCGUUUCUUCCCAACAGCUCCACCUUGGUUGAUCAUUCGGCGUCAUACCUACUGACUGCUUUGCAGCGCCGCGGGGCGAGGUUGAGACUUGAAGGAGAUUAUUUUGCCGGGUUUUCGUUGACAUAAGAUGAACACCACUCGAACAACUUACGCGCGGUGCGUGGCCCACUUGCCUCUUUUUUUUAGCUUAGGUCUUGCGCAGGGCGCCCCCCUACGUCGUCGCAGCAGCGUUUUUAGGUGUUGCGUUGUUUUCGUGGGAGGCGUGUUUUUGCGGGGUGUGGGGUUCGGUUCGGUUUCUGCGUCGUGUUCGGGGAGUGAGUGUGGAUCCCACGCUUGGAGACGAGAUUGAUGAGGGACCGCGAUCAUCGAAUUUUUCGGUGUUUUGUGGAGGUCGGUGCAUGUGGCACUCAUGUCGUGUGGUUCUUUGUGUGUGUCUGGUGGUCGAAUUGCUGCUGCUCUUGUCUGUGGUUCCCGCUCAGAGCGCAUGAGAGGCUCGCCGAAGGGGUUUUACAGGGCGGUUCGGGGAGUCGAAAAGCUGUUUGUUGAUGUUGGCAAGGGUUCGGAAAGGUAGAAUUUUGAGCAUGUUUUGGAUGCAAUUUUAAUUUUUGCUGCCAUGUGUGCUCCUCACCAGAUGACGCGUAGUUUCUACGGGAUGUCGUCACUCUCCGUGCGUUCGUUUUGACUUGUUUUUUUCUCAAGGGGUUUCUGUGAAUGAUUGCUGUAUUUUUUU